CCUCUAGUGGCCAUUAUAGAGAAAGCACCGUGAUGACGUUUCACUUGCGACACGCAGAUUGCAACAACCAUGCGCCAGUUGUACCGUUUUUGUAGUCACUUAUGUGAGAUAAGUUAAUGGUUUAGAAUAGUUAGGUAGGAGUAAAUAGUAAUGAGUACUUCGUCUGUUAAAGUUUGAGUUUACAAAUUGAGCGAGGAGCGUGUGGUGGCGGUGAGAGGUGCGGCGGAGCGGCGUGCUGACGGAUCCGCCUCUUCUCUGCUGCUCGACUGCUGUGUGAGGGAAGAGGACUGCCAUGUAGCCUAGGCCGAAGAAUGAGCAGUCAGCACACUCCGCCGGAUGGGACAGACGACUACACGGUCCAGCAGGAAAAUGAACUAGAAGCCCUCGCGUCUAUCUUUGGAGAUGACUUCCAGGAUCUGCGGAACAAGGACCCGUGGAAGGUUAAAAGGCCUCCCGAAGUGCACCUCUGCCUGCGGCCCAAAGGGCUGAACAAUGGACAGGGAUGCUACGUGACUGUAGACCUGCAGGUCAAAUGCCCCCCCACAUACCCGGACGCGCCUCCAGAGCUGGAGCUGAAGAAUGCCAAAGGUCUGUCAAAUGAAAGCCUCCACAACCUUCAGAGUGAACUCACCAAGCUGGCUGUGGCGCGAUGUGGGGAGGUGAUGAUGUAUGAGCUAGCGGACCAUAUCCAGGGCUUCCUGAGUGAGCACAACAAGCCUCCGUUGCGCUCCUUCCAUGAGGAGAUGCUAAAGAACCAGCAGAGGCAGCAGGAGAAACGAGCCCUGGAGGAGCAGCAGAGGAUGGACCAGCAGCGCAAGCAGGAGGAGGAGAUGGAAAAAGAGAUCAUGGCUGAAAUCCAAAGAAGGGAGGAAGAGAAACGAGAGGAGAAGAGAAGAAAGGAAAUGGCUAAACAGGAGCGUCUUGAGAGUAUGGAGCCCCCAGUUCCAGCCAAUCCUUCUGUGUUAGGUAGGAGCCCACCCAGUCCAGGUGGAACUCGUCCUGAACUGACUGAGGCCAGGAAAGGAGUCAGUAACCGCCGUCGGACUACCUCAAGCUCACGCCACAGACACGAUACGGUUAAUGAAGACAACCAUCGCUCACAGGAGCUGCUUCACUUUAACAGCAGCACUUUUGGAGAGCUUGUUGUCCACAGAGGGAAAAGUUUAGGUGUAAGCGAGAGGCUCGGCCGCAAUGUUUAUUAUGGUUUUGAGGCUAACGCAGGAGACUUUGCUGUGAUCUACGAGUGGUCGCUGCGCUGGAACAAGAGUAUAGGCAAGUUCUUCACCAGCCAGGAGAAAGCAAAGAUCGAGAACUGUAAAAAGCAGAUUCAUGGGGCAGAAAAUGAGUUCAACUCGCUCCUGAGGCUGGAUCACCCAAACCUGGUGCACUACAUGGCGCUGAGCUCCACUGAGAAGGAGGACUCCCUGGUGGUUAACCUGCUGGUGGAGCAUGUUUCUGGGAUCAACUUGAAACAAAGUCUGAUCAACAACAUGCCAGUUCCUUUGGAUAGACUGUGCCAUUACACGGCCCAGCUGCUGGCCGCUCUUGACUACCUUCACUCCAACUCUGUGGUCCACAAACAGCUGGGGGCUUCCAGCAUGCUGGUGGACUCCGAGGGCAAUGUCCGACUGACCGAUUACAGCUUAUCAAAGAGGUUUGCUGAUAUCUGCAAAGAAGACAUUUUUGAGCAAGCCCACGUGCGUUUCUCGGAGGACACGGUGAUGCCGACAAAAACGGGCAAGAAAGGGGACGUGUGGAACAUGGGGCUGUUGCUGCUGGCUCUGAGUCAGGGGAAAGAAGUGAAGGAGUACCCAGUAACGGUGCCUGCCAGCCUGCCUGCUGACUUCCAGGACUUCCUCCUCAAGUGUGUGUGCCUGAAUGAUGCUGAACGCUGGACAACCCAGCAGCUGUUGGACCAUGCCUUCCUUAAGCCUCAAUCUCCUAAAAACCUCCUGCAGUACCAAGAUGCAAGCCCGGAAGAUCUUGCUGUGGACUUUGCGUCAUCAGUCAUCCCUCGGAGCCACAUCCUCAAUGCUCCAUUCAGCUAUGGGGUGCACAGGCAGUUUUCCCGCUACUUCAAUGAGUUUGAGGAACUGCAGCUUCUGGGAAAAGGAGCCUUUGGUGCCGUUAUUAAGGUUCAGAAUAAACUUGAUGGUUGCUACUAUGCCCUGAAGCGCAUCCAGGUCAACCCAGCCAGCAAGCAUUUCAGACGGAUCAAAGGCGAGGUGACUCUGCUCUCCCGCCUUAACCAUGAGAAUAUUGUCCGCUACUAUAAUGCUUGGAUUGAGAGGCACGAGACGUCCUCCGCAGGGCUGCUGAGUGGCACUGAUAGCUCAGAGCCUCGAAGCACAGCUGACAAUCCUCCUCAGUGCAGAGAUCCUCCUCAGUGCAGAGAUCCUCCUCAGUGCAGAGAUCCUCCUCGGCGCCUCAAUGAGCUUGGCCUGCCUGACAAUGUAGAGGACAUCGCGCCGCCCCUAGCCCUGUCGAGCUCUGUGGAGUGGUCCACCUCCAUCGAGAGGUCCUCCAGCGCUAAGUGUAGCGGACACCAGUCAAGUGAUGAGGAUGACGACGAUGAUGAGGAAGAUGUGUUUGGUGCCUCAUUUUUACCAUCAGACAGCGACUCAAGGAGCGACAUUGUCUUUGACAAUGGCGACGAAAGCACAGAGAGUUCACAGGCUGAGACAAGUAGAAGGCCAGUGACUGACACAACAGAGAGCACAGACUCGGACCGAUCUCUCCUCAUAGCACAUUACUUGUUCAUACAAAUGGAAUACUGUGAAAAGAGCACAUUAAGGGACACAAUAGAUCACGGCUUGCACCAGGACCAGAAUCGCUUGUGGAGACUUUUUAGGGAAAUACUAGAUGGACUUGCUUACAUCCAUGACCAGGGCAUGAUUCACAGGGACUUGAAGCCUGUCAACAUCUUCCUUGACUCACAGGACCAUGUGAAGAUUGGAGACUUUGGUCUGGCUACAGAUCAUCCUGCUUCUGUGGCUGCAGGUAUAUUUGAGGUGGAGGAUGUUGUUUCUGCAGUGAUGCCCAAACCAGACCCAACAGGUAACAUGACAGGCAUGGUUGGUACUGCCCUCUAUGUCAGCCCAGAGGUUCAAGGAAAUACCAAAGCCUCCUACAACCAAAAAGUUGAUCUGUUUAGCCUGGGCAUCAUCCUCUUUGAGAUGUCCUACCGGCCGAUGACCACUGGAGCAGAGCGCAUCUCUGUCCUGAGCAAGCUACGUGCAGAGCCCAUUGCCUUCCCUGAGGACUUUACUGUGUAUGAACAAGGAACACAGAUGCGUCACAAGAAGGUGAUUGAGUGGCUGCUGAAUCACGACCCAGCCCUGCGGCCCACCGCCCAGGAGCUGCUGAAGAGUGAACUGCUGCCUCCGCCUCAGAUGGAGGAGUCAGAGCUGCAUGAGGUGCUGCAGCACACCAUGGCCAACAUCAACGGCAAGGCCUACCGCACCAUGGUGGGCCAGCUGUUUGCACAGAAAACCUCACUAGUCAUGGACUACGCCUACGACAUGGACUUGCACAAGGGCAGCUUCAGCUUCAACAGUGCCAAAUUGCAGCAGCAUGUGUAUGAAACAAUCACCAGGAUCUUCAAGAAGCAUGGUGCAGUGCGUCUCCAGACACCACUGCUCCUCCCCAGAAACAGGAAGUUGUAUGACAGCAGUGAGCUUGCCUGCUUCAUGGACCACAGUGGAAUGCUGGUUACACUGCCCUAUGACCUUCGUAUGUCGUUUGCAAGAUUUGUUGCCCGAAAUAAUGUAACGCAUUUGAAAAGGUACAGCAUCGAUCGUGUGUUCCGCCCAAAGAAGCCUGACCAUGCACACCCAAGGGAGCUUCUCGAGUGUGCAUUUGACAUCAUCACACCCAUCACCAACAGCCUGCUCCCAGAUGCUGAGACCAUUUACACCAUCUCUGAAAUAAUCCAGGAGUUCCCUGCACUUCAGGAAAGGAACUAUAACAUUUACCUGAACCACACCAGCUUGUUGAAGGCCAUCCUGCUCCACAGCGGAGUCCCCGAGGACAAACUGAGCCAGGCGUACAACAUACUGUGUGAUGCCAUGAGUGAAAAGCUGACCAAACGUGAGGUGGAGGCAAAGUUCUACAACUUUUCACUGUCCAACAACAGUUUGCAGACACUGUACAAGUACAUAGAACAGAAGGGGAAUCUGCAGGACCUGGUGCCACUGCUGACAUCCCUUACCAAACAAAAGACUGCUGUCACCCAGCUGGCUAAGCAGGGUCUCAAGGACCUGGAGGAGCUCACAGUGCUGCUGCGGAGGCUGGGAGUUAAACUACAGGUGGUGGUAAAUUUAGGCUUAGUGUACAAAGUACAGCACCAUUCUGGGGUCAUAUUUCAGUUUGUGGCUUUCAUCAAGAAACGCAAGCGAACUGUACCAGACAUAGUGGCUGCUGGAGGACGCUAUGACCACAUGAUCCUGGAGUUUCGAGGGCCUGCUUCAACGUCACCAGUGCCCUCUGCAGUAGGGGCCAGUAUGUCCAUGGACAAGGUCUAUGCUGCUAUGGCCAACACGGAGGAGCCACCAUCGAUGAGCUCCUGUGAUGUCCUGGUGUUCCCAGCAGGCUAUUCGUCAGUGUCCCGAGCCAUCAAGGUUGUCCAGAAGCUGUGGAGCACUGGUGUCUCUGCAGACAUCUCCUAUGAGAUCUCACAGUCUCAGGAGACCUUGUUGGACCACUGCAGGCUGGCCGGCAUCACCUGCUUGGCCCUGGUUUCUGACAAGGAGGGCAACUAUGUCAAGGUGAAAUCCUUUGAGAAGGACAGACAGUCUGAAAAAAGAAUCCCUGAGUCAGACUUGGUGGACCACAUUAUUCAGAAAUGUCGGACCAAAUUCUUUGAGGAGAGAAACAUCAGAGAAAUGUCUGAAAGCGUGACUCUUCAAAACCCCAAAGGAUCAUUGCUUAGCACCACAGGCUCUUCAGAGCAGCACGGGAGCAGCAGCACAAUGAACAUGAAUGUCAAUGUCAUUAGCCCAGAAAAGGUUUCUGCCAGCGCCAGACGACGCUAUGAGACGCAUAUCCAAACCAGAUUACAGAAUCUCAGUAGCAAUUUGCAGAACAAGAGCAAUGACAUUGAGGUUCUGGCAGUGGACCUGCAGAAGGAAACACUGAUCAACUUCCUGUCUCUGGAGUUUGAAAGUGAAGAGCAGUUCAACAGCAGCGUGAAGACUCUGCUGUCUCGCCUCCCAAAGCAGCGCUACUUGAAGUCCAUCUGUGAAGAGAUCCACCAUUUCAAAAUUACAAAAAGGGUGGCUGUGGUGGUCUUGUACAGCUACAGGGACGACUACUACAGGAUCCUUCUCUGAAAACCAAGGUGUCCCAGUGGACUGGAAGACAUCCUGUGUUGCUUAAGACUCAGGCUCUGAGACUGUCAUAAUGUUUGGACCUACAAAAUCUGCUUGAAGACUGGCAAAUUUGUACCUGAGCCCCAAAGACAAGGGUUUUUUUUUUUUUUCGUAAGCCAGGUUGAAUGAUAACUGAGCUGUUGAAGCAAACUCCUUAUCUUUCCAAUGGUUUGUGGUCCUAAGUAGACAAGAUGUUUGAGACUUUAGUGCCUUAACAGAAUAAUAGAAUUUGAAAGAGAAAGGGCUUUUUACUGAAGAUUGUCAUGAAUACAACAGACUUACACUUUUAAUUAGCAGUGGGAUGGUUAGUAGGAAUAAAUCAGUUUAUUCCCCACAUGGAGCUGUAAUUUUACGUGUUAAACACACAACAGAUCUAUUUUCACCCUGAGGAACAUGCCGUGAUAUUACAUGGACCUCAUAAGCUACCUCUUGUAUUUGUCACUGGACAUUUUGUAAAUAUCUUUAGUCUACCAGAAAGCAUCGUGUUGCAUUUGAUGAUUUCAAGGCUUGGGAAACUGACCCCGGUGUUUAUUCAUUCUCUGGAGAAGCUUUUUCAGUCAGUUGGAGCUUGCUCAUAAACAACAGCAGUUUGCACUGAUGAUUAGCCAGGUUUCCAGGUCUGGUCUGUAUGUCUUUGUUGUCAUGUGUUUUAUUAUCCCAUUGGGUAGAUGAAGCGGAUUUGCUCUUUGCUGAUGCUCAGAUCUUGGAGGACACGCCCAGAAGCAACCCGCCACCACUGAGCAUCGCCUGUGUCAGAGAUAAGAAAACAUCCGUGGAAAGCAAGAGAAAACUGUCGGAUGUAAAGCCACUAAAAGACGACGAAUUCCCAUCUGGAGCAAAUGUGCACGAGUGCUGCAAAUCUGCAAAGGAGGUGAAAACCACUGCCAUAUUGGACUACAUCACUGCACUGUAGGCGACUGCUCCUCCAAAUCAGAGUAUCAUGAGCUUUGGUUCACACAUUUAUUUCUUACAGUAAGUAUAAAUGUUGCAGUUGAUCAUCUAGGAAAUAUAUUUACAGGGUUUCAACAGUGAAAUAAAUAAGGCUGUAUAGAAUAUUGCAGAUAGAAAAGGGAACUGGUCUACAACAUACAGCAGCUUUGGCUACCAACAGUUCAUUUUUCAAAGAAAAAAAAAAAUCUAUUGUUUAGUAUUAAUAAAUAAAGCUAUGUGAAAAAUAAAUAAGGUACUGUUGUCCUAAUUUAACUUUUUUUUAACGCAAGAACAAAUGGCAAAAUCUUUUACAGUCAUCUCUUCACUUUAAAGCACAUGGUCAUAAUUAAAACAUACACAAAUCUACUAUAUUACUAAAACACUUGAGUAUACCUUUGUCUCCAACUAGUUUUGGCAUCAGAAUGGUCUUUGUGUUAAGAAAUUGGCAAUGGAUUGAGAAUUCUGAUCCAAAAUAGUUUCCUAUGAAACCCCCAGUUGGCUUGAUAAUGAGUCUCAAUUUCUAUCCAGCCAGUGUUUGCGUGAGUGGUUUAAGUGUGCUUAAUAUGCCUAAUAAAUCCCAGAUAAGGGCCUUUAUCCCUUCAAGAAUCCUGCAGUGGGUUUUCUGUGAUGGUGUAAUUUGUACCAUUACUGUAUGUAUAGUUUACUAGCAGAAUUCCCUUAAACUCUCAGGUCCAUACAUAUGAAAAGCUGUACAGCACAAUCUGGUCUCCGUAACAGAUGAAUAAAUGUUUUCAAUUGAAUUCAGACUCUGAAACAAAUAUUAACCAUUGCUAACAUUCAGUGUGAACUGUAGCUCCACACAGUCGCACAGAGCUGUGAAAGAAGUUAUGAAGUGAGGCAUGGUAUCAAAGACAUUCAUGGGCUCAGAUGAAGCAUCUGGCACAAAACGACAUUUUUCCUGGAUGAAAAUCAAUUUUUGAGAUGAUCAGGCCUUCUGGAAAGGCCGGGGUCAGACAAGGCAGAAUGGAAAGACGAACACUUUGCUACUGUAUCGUGGGCAAGUUUAGAAAGCGAACUUGCAUAUUUCAUUUUGUUGAGCUGUUUGUUGGGGUUUUCUGAAUGGAAUGACAGAUCUUUUUAAGGUAAACACAAGGUUAUAACAACACUAGUACAAAUACUGUAUAAAUUUACAAACACUAGAAACCACAUUCUAAAGCAGGGGUUUGGAGCUGGGGCUCUGUGUAA